AUGACUUGGGACAUCGUUUACCUCGACGAUAAGCGAUACCCUGGACCCGUGAUAUACGAGCCAGAUGUGCUUGACACAGGCCUUCCCACCCGUCAAGAGCUGGAGGCCUAUCCGUCCCUAUUCACUUGGGGGGAGGUGAAAGAGAUCGUUCAAAGCGGUGACUUUGCGCCGUUCAGGAGAAACUGCGAGAUUGAGGGCAGGUAUAGAAGAUGGAUUGCGAAGAUAAGAGACGAGUACGGAUCGACGGAACACUUUCUGAGUAAGUAUAGUUUACCAUGGGGGGCAGAAAAGGCAUACGCACCUAUCUCGACGUCGAGAGCGCAGAGUGCUAUAUUAGACCAUGUUAAGCAGCCUGACACUUCCCCACUCUACCUCAAAUGGAGAGAGAUGACCUACGAUCGAAAUACAUCGAGGGCGAUCUUGAGGAACGGAUGGCCUUAUUCGUUACCCCGUGAUGUUCGGCAUUUCUGCGUAUGGGUACGGAAACCCAUCCUUGAUCCCAGGCUAGUGGACAAUGACCCGGCCAAAUGGAAGAGAAUCGAAGAGCAAGGCCUUGGCGGCUUCACCGGGAUCAUCCCCCGCAGUGAUCGCUAUCGUAUCGAAGACGGUAUCAAAGACAACGUUGGCCGGCACCCCCAUAAUGAGCGAGAGUGGCAGUACUUGGAUCGAAUACAAGGUUAUUCCGAGAUGAAGAGAUGGUAUGGGGUGGAACAUGAAGCCGAGGGGGGGCAUGAGAUUGGGGCUAUGGUGAGAUCGUUGUGGGAUGAGAGAGGGUGGGAAUGCGUUUGGUUUGUGAAUCCUCGGGCGCUGCAGUCGAUGCCCGGUCUAUCGCAUUUCCAUGUCAUGGCCCGGCGUAAAUCGCCGGAGGAGAUCGACGCAUCGGAGGAGAUCUGGGGAUGA